CUUCAUUUUUAUUAUUUCUUUCGCGUAGCUGAAUUUGAUUUAAGGUUAGAGUUAUAAUCACUGUUAAUAGUGACGUACAUUGUGUUUUCUCCAUCAUCCAUUGCACUCCAUUUUUUUAUGACUUAUUUAUCUUUUAUGUUUGCAGUCAGUUUAUUUCGUAAAAUACGACAAUUAUAUUUGCAGGAUAUCAAAGAAACUGAAUAUCUAGGAAAAUAUUGUUUGUUCAUAUUGUGUACUAAUUACUACUUUAGUAAAUGUUAUUUUGAUUAUUUUUCGUUGAAAUUUACACACGUAGAAAUGUAUAGGGUGCACAUGAUGCGAAGAAAUACAGAAAAUGAACAAGUAUUUAGUGAUGAUACUCUAUUGGAUGAAGAUCUUGGAGAUGAAGAAUAUGAUCUAGGCAACGAUGAAGAAGAGGCUCUUUUAGCAGAUGACUAUGAACUAGAGAGGCAGAAUAGCUAUAAGGGAGAAGAGGAGACAGAUGAUGUACUGGACUUAGGAGUAACCGACGCGCUCGACGACUUAGAUGGUGACGACGAAAACAUAGAGUUUAAUAGAAGCAAAACUGAUAGGAGCAACCAGAACGAUUUUUACGAGGACGGCGAUCAGCUAGAGGCACAAUCGAAAUAUUACGAACAAGACGAGAUUCAUGAAUACAAGAGCGAACAAGUCCGACAGCACGAUGAACGUCCCUCGGUCGACAAUAUCAACGCUUCGAGUAACAUUGAAAGGGGAGAUCUACGAGAGAAGCUGCAGAAAAAUGCAAAGAUCUAUUCUGGGAAUGGGCAGGGAUUGGAAGAUGAUGAAUGCGAAGAAGCUAAAGAAAGGAGGAACAGGUUUCAAAAUGAAAGAACUAUCGUCUCUUCGAAAAUGAACAAUCACAUACCGGAUACUUUGGAGAACGUGGUCACGUGUGAACCAUCCAAACUGGCGUCCAGAGGCCGUGGAAGAGGUCGAAGCACAAGAGGAAGUCGCGGAGGAAGAUUCGGGAUAAUACAAAAUUCGGGAAAUUUUAAUCCAAGGUUCGGUAAUGCACGUAAUGCAAGCUUCGAUAAUCAACCGCCACCGGUAUGCAGGCCGCCUUUGCUCGAGACUCGGCCACCGUUUCUUCUCGGAGUACCGAACAAUAUGCAAAAUCAACAGAUCAUUUACCAGCAACAAAAUUCCCAAGUACAAUCUUUCCAGCAUUACUCACCGAACGGUUCGCUCCAAGGUCCAUCGCAUUUUGUAGAUAAUAGACCGCAAUUCAAUCCUAACCAAUUUCAAAACCAAGUGGCCCCUAGAAUAAUCGGGCCAAGGUUAGAUUACGGGCCCCGAGUUGGCUUGCCAGGAUCCCUUCAAGGGCUUAGUCACCCAUCGUCUUACAAUCACCCAUCGAGUCAACCACCGUACAUCCAAAUUCAACCGGGGCCAGCGGCAGCGACCGCCCCGUUUCAAACUUCGGCUACUCUCAUGCAAGAAGGCCCUAAUCAAGUACGACUGAUGCAAAACAAUCAGGGCCCGUUGUUGCAAGGAAAUCCUGGAGGAACGAUUCUUGGGAAUCUGAACUCAGCGGUGCCUGGAACCGGAUCAGUGGCGCCGUUGUUGCAGAAUAAUCAGCCACUACCCAUGCAAGCAUAUCCACGCCAAACUACUUCCCAGGGGCCGCUCAUUAGUCAUCCUAACGUCACUCAAAUGCCAAAUCAAUCGCCCUUUGAGAACAGACCACCUUUCCAAGAAGCAGCUCAAUUUGAAAACCGACCCGUUUACGAUUCGAGGUCCGGCUAUUCCGAUCAAGUACCUACCAGUCAAUUUAAUACUAAUACGUUACCUGUACCACAACAGUCCACUUCCAAUGUACCCAAUGUACCUUUACCUCCAGGGCACAAGAUUUUAAUCAAUCCUCACUUUCGAGGAGCCGUUCAGUCGACGAACGACGCAAGACUCGCAUGGGAUUCCAAUCAACAACAAACGCCUAGUUUACCAUCUCAAGUCUCUUCUGGCCAGUUUUCACAGUCUGCUAUCCCAUAUCAGAAUCAAAGUUCGUACAACCAAACUCAACAAGGACCAGCACAUUAUCAACAGAAUUAUCAACAGAAUAAGAGUGAUGAUCCUUAUGCAUACUUUUCUGAUGUGUGGCAAGAAAAUAAACCGCAGAAAAAUCAAACUGGAACGCCAAACAAACAAUAUCCUCCCCUAGAAAGUAAUUAUUUACGAGAUGGUAGCUAUGAAACCAGUUCGAAAUAUAAGUUGGAUCAGUGGGAUCAAAAAAAUAAUUAUUCACAGGAUCAUAGAGGAGUCCAUCAAAAUUAUCGCGACAGAGAUUUGUCGUCAAAAACUAGAAACGAUCAUGUUUCAAAAAAUAGGACUUACUCGUCAACUACGUAUCGCGAAAAUUACGACCAAAAUCAUGUACAGAAAUCUAACAGAUCAGUGAAUACUUCGAUAAGAACUAGGUUACCACAAAAAAGAGUUCCCAACUCUGUAGAUAAACCUUUACGUGAUUUGAGCCCAAAGCGAAUAAAGAUUAGCAAUAGAAAUCUCCAAGAAGUAAGAACAGUGGAUACAUUAAACAAUACGAAUAAUGAUAAAAAGGAUGAAGAAAACGAUCCAGAAAUGCAGGAAUACAGAAAAAAGAUGGAGGAACAGAAACGUCUUAGGGAAAAGGUUCUGCGAGAAAAGGAAAAUCGACGGAAAAUGGCUGCAAUGGAGAAACAAAAUGAUGAAGCUAAGAACGAAAAUACAUUAAAUGAAAAUACACAGGAUACAAAACCUGUAUCAGCACUUAUGGGAGUAGUAAAAGAUGGUUCCAUAAACAAAGGACAUACCAGUAUUGGAAGAGGACGUGCUCGUCCUAUUAGUACACAAUCUACAGAGGUCUCAGAAAAAUCAUCGUGUAUACGAAUUGUUCGGACAAUACAAACUGUACAACCUAACGAUUCUGUAGAUUCUGCAAAAGAUAGUAAUUCUGGACAUACAAUUAAUCCAAUAAAUGAACAUGUAAAAGUAUUAAAUUCCCAGUCUGGAACACGAAGAAUUGUGAUUCAAAAACCAUUACUGAAUACACAGAAAGUUGCCACUACUAUACAAAAAACAGUAUCGAAUUUACAAAAAGGUCAGCUAUUAAUGCAAAGUAAAUUAAUCAAUGUCGCUCAAUGUCAGUCUCAGAGAGUUGGUCAGAAUCAAGCUGAUGUUUUGAAAAAACUGACAAACAUAGGACAGAAAAUUGUUGGAACUCCACAAAGAAUUGUUAAACAAAAAUCUCCAGGAAACUUUCAAAAAACUAUUAUCAAUGUACAAGAAAUAACAAAUACAAAUGCACAAAAGAGCGUUAUUAAUACGCAAAAUAAUCAAAGAGUUGUACUUCAAAAAACACCUAUACAACAGAAAAAAAUACCAGAAAUGAAAACAAAUACUGUGAAAGUAGAAAAUUUGGCAGCAAGUACGUCUGAAGCACAAAUUAGACGUAUGUGUCAAGGCAUCGGAACAAUUGAGAGCAUACAAAUGGGUGAACGCAGCGCAACGAUUGUGUUUAAGACGCAGUCUGCUGCUAUGGUUUUUCACAAGAAAUACCAACGUAAAAUGCUAGAUCUUUCGCUGAUAACCGUUCGCCUUGUACCGCAAUCAAGCGGAACCAAGACUACGGCUACAAUUGUAAAAGUUUCUUAAAAAAAAAAAAAAAAACAAGAAAAUCGCAAAAAUAUUAAACGUAUUUAAUCUAGUGUAUUUCGAUAAAAAUGAAGGAAGAAAUACAUAGGACAUUUAUGUUUGCGUUUACAGAUAACGACACUUUAUUUCACUGAAGCAGCCUGUUUGAAAUUUUACAUACUAUUUCGUUUGAAGUAUCGUCCAUGAAUUAAAAAAAAAAAAAAAAAAACAUAUUUUUGGCUGCAAAUAAAUUGUAUAAUAUGCUUUUAUAAA